GUGCUUCUUUUCGUGGUAGUUCAUUGGGAGCACAAAUAUUAGAUAGUUAUAGUACCACUGUUUGUUCAACAUGGCGUAGUCAAUGCUUUCGACGUGUAUAUGAAAAAGCUCUCGAAGGCCCUCCACCACCAUCAUCGUCAUCAUCAUCAUCAAUAAAAAAAUCCAAUCAUUCAACGACAUCUUCAAAUCCAUCACUGAAUAUCAAUAAUGAGAAUUGUAAUCAUACUAAUAGUAAUAAUAAUAAUAACAGUAAUACAAAAUCAACAUUGAAUUCACGUUCUAAUUUGGAUAAAAAUUCCAUAAAUUUACAUUAUUCACUUACAACACGUCCACAUUCAUUAUCCACUGGUGCUGCUGUUAUUGGUUCUAUGAAAUUCGAUCAAAUUUCAAAUAAUAAUACUCAUAAUAAUAAUAAUCUUACUCAAAAUUCUAUUCAACAUCAGCAUACACGUGAACAAGAAUGGCAUUAUCAUUUACUGUCCAUGGUUGUCGAUGAUUUAAUUACCCAUGUACGGACAUUUCCUUUACAAAUACGUUGGAUCUAUUCAGAAUUACAGGCUUUAUAUUCACCUAAUCAUAGUAAUGUUGUUGUAUGUAAUUUAGUUUUUCUACGUGGUCUAUGUCCAGUUUUAUAUUCACUUUCAUCUUUGGGUAAAACAAUUUGUUCGGAAUCAUCAUUCAAUGGUUCUUCUAUGCAUCAUAAUUAUUUAUCUGGUUUUCCUAAUGAUAUUUUUCAUCCUCCUUCAUCAUUCUCAUCCUCCUCAUCAUCAUCCUCAGCAGCAGCAUCAUUAUCGUCAUCUCAUACAAAUUCAAUGAAUAAUUCUUCUUCUAAUUCUUCAUCUUUUACUACUACCACUAAUUCUACUUCUACUACUUCUACUUCUUCACAUUGUUUUUAUUCAUGGUCUUCUUCGUCUACAUCUUCGCUUCAAUUAAAUUCUGGUGUUGUCAAUCCGUCAACUGUUCCAUCAUAUGCAUCGGAAG